UGUCCGGAACUGUCAAGCCCCUCGCACGGCAACAUGACGUGCAACAGCGGCCAGGAAUUCCGCUACCCGGAGGCCUGCAACUUCGUCUGUAACCGAGGCUAUAAACUGACGCACACAACCAGCCGUGUACGACAUUGUCAGACUGAUGCGACCUGGUCUGGUAACGACGCCGAAUGUAUUGCGUAUGCCAGCUGUGCAGCCCUGAAGGAUGUUGGGUACACCACCUCUGGUAGUUACGUCAUCGACCCAGACGGACCAGACUUCGGGGCGGAGCCCUUCUCUGUAUAUUGUGACUUUCCUAGAGGUACCACGGUGAUCAGCCAUGACAGUGAGAGCCGCACCAGUGUAAGUCCUCGAUGCAAUCCAGCGGGGUGCUACAAAAGGAAUAGAGUACUUUGGCCUGCCACAGGAGCGGACGGUUCUUGCGACGGACCAGUGUGA